UGCUGCUGCGCCGGGCGCCGCGCUCAGCCGGGCGCUGUUUGCUUGUCCACCCCGUAGCUUGCUGCACCCCGCAGGUCCUCCCCAGGCCUCCUUUUUUUGCAACUUGCCAAGCUUCCUUUUUCUGGCUCGAGUACGAAUCAACCCGGCAUCGAGCUCCGGGCCCCCUUCCCUGGGCCGGUUGCCCCACGGCUUGGGGCGCACAGGGGGCGGGGGCCGCGGCUCGUCCCCGUCCCCCCCCCCCCAACUCGGGCCACCGCGGAUGAUCCGCCGUGGAGGAGCCCUGGGCGGACGAUGGAACUGCACAUUCUGGAACACCGGCUGCAAGUUGCCAGCGUCGCCAAGGAGAGUAUCCCGCUCUUCACCUACGGCCUCAUCAAACUUGCCUUCCUGUCUUCCAAGACCAGGUGCAAGUUUUUCAGUCUGACCGAGACCCCUGAGGACUACACCAUCAUCGUAGAUGAGGAGGGUUUCCUUGAGCUACCCUCCUCAGAGCACCUGAGUGUGGCUGAUGCCACCUGGCUGGCCCUGAACGUGGUGUCCGGUGGCGGCAGCUUCUCCAGCUCCCAGCCCAUCGGUGUGACAAAGAUUGCCAAGUCUGUCAUUGCCCCACUCGCCGACCAGAACAUCUCCGUGUUUAUGCUGUCCACCUAUCAAACUGACUUCAUCCUGGUGCGGGAGCGGGACCUGCCCUUCGUCACUCACACCUUGUCCUCGGAGUUCACCAUCCUACGCGUUGUCAAUGGAGAAACGGUGGCGGCUGAGAAUCUCAGCUUCACCAAUGGCUUUGUGAAGCCCAAGAUGGUCCAGAGGCCAGUCAUCCACCCACUGUCUAGCCCAAGCAACAGGUUCUGUGUCACCAGCCUGGACCCUGACACACUGCCCGCCGUCGCCACCCUUCUCAUGGAUGUGAUGUUCUACUCCAAUGGAGUGAAGGACCCCAUGGCUGCCAGUGACGAUUGUGGCCACAUCCGCUUCUUCUCCUUCUCACUCAUUGAGGGCUACAUCUCACUGGUGAUGGACGUACAGACCCAGCAGAGGUUCCCGAGUCACUUGCUAUUCACGAGUGCAUCUGGAGAGCUCUGGAAGAUGGUGCGCAUAGGAGGACAACCCUUGGGAUUUGAUGAAUGUGGGAUUGUAGCCCAGAUCUCAGAGCCCUUGGCAGCUGCAGACAUCCCAGCAUAUUACAUCAGUACUUUCAAGUUCGACCAUGCAUUGGUUCCAGAAGAGAAUAUCAGUGGGGUUAUCCAUGCCCUGAAGGUCAGUCAAGCAGGGAAGCAUUAGACUCGUCUCUGGGCUCCUCCCUGCCACAGCCCACCUGGGCCUUUCCCCCCACGAAGGUUAUUCUUGCAGUAUUUCCCUAUGGACUGAAAGCUCGGCCCCAGGACCUUUAAGGAAGGGGCCUCUGGGACACUCCCCUGAUUCCUGACUCCUCCAGGCCUGGGCCUGAGCUAGGGCCACCCCCACAUCCUCCUCCUGCCUUCCAGAGUCCCCAGCCUUUUCAGUAAUGACUCUGUUUCCGCUCGGUGGGGGUGUGCCCAUCUUCCUCCCCCAAGUUCCACCCCAGAAAGCGGUCUCCGAGGCCCAGGACACUUGGGACCAGCCCAAGGCCUCACCUACAGCCCGCAGCAAACACCAAAGGAAGCUGGCACCUCCUGUGAGACACUGGGAUCGGGGUCCUGAUGCACCUAGGGACAUCUUAGGGAGUUGGUGGAGCAAGAUUGGGGGUACAGAGCUGGGGAAGCCCCCGUGAGCCCCCCCUUGAAUUGAUGGUUAUGGUUGCUGCUCUAGUUUUAGAGGUUCAGGGGCUGGUUCCCUCAGAAUGGAGGUCAGCAGGCCACCCUCAGGUCAUAAUGGCCAGUGAGCCUCAGACAGUAGCAGUGGGGUUCCUACUCCUAAGCUGGGGAGGAAAGGCAAGACUCUAGACCCCCACCUGCUGACCACACAGGGCCUGUGUCGAUUUCCUCUACAACUGCCAAGAGGGGCCCUGGGCCAAACUUCCCCCCAGAGCACUUGUCCCUGGAGGGGAUCCCAGGACACCCCCUCUCCCACCAGCCUAGAGCGCCAGCUUCUAUCUGUCCUUUGUUCGCUCUCCCCAGACCCAUCAUGGGCAAGCAAAGACUCGGCUUCUUUCAGCGGUGGGCAUCCCCACCUGCCCAGGCCUAGGGUGCCUUGGGCCAUGUCCCACCUCCCCAGCUGUCACUUAGACCAGCCUAGAGAAUUCCCCAUCAUCCUCUCUGCCCCACUUUUAGGGGAUAAAGAGGCCUCAGCCCCCACAGCUCAUAUACCUGCCCGAAAUACACACAGCAAUCUGUGGUCACGGUGAUAACCUGGGAGGCAGCUAUCUUCAAGCAUUUGUAGAGAGACAUUACCCCUGCGGGGUUUCUUCUUCGUUGUCUUUGCAUACAGGUGGCUGGGGAAAGAGUAGUUUUGUUUGGAGGGGAUGGAGCCUGUUUGAGUCUUAUUAGGGUACCCAGUGUUCAGUGAGACUUAGCACCCUGUGUCUCUGGGGACAGACACAAAUGCAAAGAUGUAUCGUAAGACUCUUGGCCGUGUCUUCUGAGGAGGGCUAGUGGGAGCAGAGCUCUGAUACAAGACACCAGGACCCCAUAGCACCCCCUGCAGGGCAUGCCAGUGUUCCACCACCUUCAUAUGGCGCUGUUAGCUGGGACUGCGGGGGGUCCACCAGACUUUUUGCUCUUGGGGUGUUUUGUCGAGCCUGUGCUUCACGAUCUCCAACAACAAGGUCAGAGGAGGGAAUGUUUAUCUACCCCUGCACAGUCUUGUACAAACUGUGUUUCCCUCCUCUCUGGGCCACAGAAACACACCCAGAGGAACUCUUCUAGAAUCAUGUAGAAGCCAGAACCCAGCAUGUUAAUCAAAAUCAACUCUGGUUGGUUUUGGUUUUGGUUUUUUUUUUUUGUUGUUGUUGUUGUUGUUGUUGUUUUUUAACUCCUUUUGCACAAAACCCUUAAAACCAAAUCUUAUUAUUUUCUGGUCCCGAAUGGGAAAUGGCCAAGUGGGCGGGGCUUUAUAGUGAGGCCCCUGAGUCCCCUUUUUCUCUCUCUGGAAGGCCUUGAUUGUCCGGGGUACACAUCUCCAGAACCCCUCCUGUCUCCCUUUCCAGUCAUCCCUUCCCACCAUAUAAGUGUGCUGGCCCCCUGCCCCCUGUGUGGACCCCUAGACUUGCUAGGAUGAGACUGUGUAUUGUACACACCUAUAAAUACAUGUUUUAUGUUGAUAGAGAUAUAUUCUGUAAAUAGCAUAUAUACUUGAGCAAUAUAUAUGUUAAUAUAUUCUGUGUGCGCAGGACACAGGCAAGGGCCCCCACCUCAUGUGCGCACACUCGGGGACAUUUUGAGCCACCGUAUAUUUUUAAUUCAAAUACGUAGGCAAUACGAUGAGUGAAAAAGCCCUGGGGUCCUGAGGCCAGCCUGGAGGGGAGACAGAACCAACAACCUACCGCAAGUGGGGCAGGCUGAGAGGGCCAGUGUAGUCUGCUUCAUAGCUACUGUACCCCCAUUUCCACAGCCUAGAGCUCUGGAUGCCUUCAUUUUAUUUGGGAGGGGGGGCACUGAUCCAGAGGAGGGAUUGGGUUUUUUUGUUGUUGUUGUUGUUGUUGGGUUUUGUUUUUGGUUUUGGUUUUUGGUUUUGUUAACAGUGGCUCCCUCCCUCAGGGUUACCCCAAAACCUUUGUCUGGUAAACCCAUCUGUCCCAGCCUGCCUCCCUCCCAAGUCCCUUCUCCAUAGAAAGCUAUAGACCUGGCAUCUUACCUGACUUUUGUUGUUAUUGUUGUAUUGUUUUCUUGAGGCAGGGUCUCUUUAGAUAGCCCUGGCUAUCCUGGAACUCUCUUUGUAGACCAGGCUGGCCUUGAAUUGAUAGGACUCUACCCGCCUCUGCCUCCCGAGUGCUGGGAUUAAAGGUGUGUGCCAUCACACCUAAGUUUUUUUUUAAUAUUAUUAUUAAUAUUAUUAUUCCUGCAAGCUUAGGAAUCUCAGGUUCUCUUCCCUGCUCUCUUCCUAGGACUGACUCCAUAAGGACCCAGACCACCACACAUACUCCCACGGUUGUGUGUCCAGAAAGGGCUGGGCCUGGCUUCUGCCGGCCAACCUUUUAAGGGACCGCACUGCUGUUCAGCUGCAGUGGGUCCUUGGAGGAAGCUAGCUCUGUUUCUGUGUUCUGUGGGUAGAUCAGCAUGGUGUGGUGUCUUCAGUUCUGGGGGAUGUGACAGUCCCUCUACUAGUAGAGGCCCUCUACUCUCGUGUUUUUUAGCACUGUCUGCUCUCUUUUCAGCAUCUUCUGGUUUUAUGAAUAUGAAGGAUGACUCCACCCCCUGCUAACCCAGCCUCAGAGGGGACCCAAGUGUCACACCACUCCGAAGUCAGGGUUCCCUAGAGGAUUUCUUUUGUGUUUUUCUGCAGUGCUGAGGAAUGUAGGCAGGGCCUCCUGCGUGAGAGGCAAGUACUCCACAGAGCCACUCCCAGAUCCUCGCAGCAGAGUCUCUCGGCUCACAGGGAGGGUAGGAGAUUGGGCUGUUAAGAAGGUAAAGUUUUAGGAACCGCAGUCAGGAACCCCCUGGGUUGGGCUACCAAGUCCCGAACUCUGGGGGUACUCUAUCAGGAAAGCGCACUUCAGGAGUUGCUCAGUGGAUAGGGUGUUCCCAUAGCAUUAUUCCCAGCACUCGGGAGAUGAAAGCAGUCAGAUCACAAGUUAAGGUCAGCCUGGGCUACAUGAGGCUCUGUCUCAAAAAAAAAAAAAAAAAAAAAAAAAA